UUCUCAAGAGUUUGGCUGAAUUGGAAGUAUUAUGUACUCAUCUCUACAUAGGGACUGAUCUUACACAAAGAAUAGAGGCUGAGAAAGCACUCCUGGAACUUAUUGACAGCCCAGAAUGUCUCAGCAAGUGUCAACUUUUGUUAGAACAAGGAACAACAUCCUAUGCUCAACUCCUUGCAGCAACAUGUCUUUCAAAACUUGUUAGCAGAGUCAAUCCUUUGCCAAUUGAACAGAGAAUAGAUAUCAGAAACUACAUUCUUAAUUAUGUGGCAUCACAACCCAAGCUGGCUCCUUUUGUCAUCCAAGCUCUAAUUCAAGUCAUCGCUAAAAUCACUAAAUUGGGGUGGUUUGAGGUUCAGAAAGACCAGUUUGUCUUCAGAGAAAUUAUUGCUGAUGUGAAGAAGUUUCUUCAGGGCACUGUGGAACACUGCAUAAUAGGAGUAAUCAUCCUCUCCGAAUUGACUCAGGAAAUGAACCUGGUUGAUUAUUCUAGACCUUCAGCAAAACACAGGAAAAUAGCUACCUCAUUCCGUGACACUUCUCUCAAAGAUAUUUUAGUUUUAGCAUGCUCUCUUCUAAAAGAGGUGUUGGCUAAACCUUUAAAUCUUCAGGAUCAAGGUCAACAAAGUCUAGUAAUGCAAGUGUUGAAACUGGUCCUCAGCUGCCUGAGCUUUGACUUCAUUGGCAGUUCAGCAGAUGAAUCUGCAGAUGACCUCUGCACAGUACAGAUUCCAACAACUUGGAGAACAAUUUUCCUGGAACCAGAAACAUUGGAUCUUUUCUUUAAUUUGUAUCAUUCACUUCCACCACUGUUAUCUCAGUUAGCACUUUCAUGUUUAGUUCAAUUUGCUUCUACAAGAAGGUCCUUAUUUAGCAGUCCUGAACGUGCCAAGUACCUUGGUAAUUUAAUUAAGGGAGUAAAAAGGAUACUUGAAAACCCUCAGGGUUUGUCCGAUCCAGGUAAUUAUCAUGAAUUUUGUCGAUUUUUGGCUCGUUUAAAGACAAAUUAUCAGCUGGGAGAAUUAGUUUUGGUGAAGGAAUAUCCUGAAGUUAUUCGCUUGAUUGCAAAUUUUACCAUUACUAGCCUACAGCAUUGGGAAUUUGCUCCCAACAGUGUUCAUUAUUUAUUAACUCUGUGGCAAAGGAUGGUAGCAUCAGUUCCUUUUGUGAAAUCAACUGAACCCCACUUAUUAGACACUUAUGCACCAGAAAUCACGAAGGCCUUUAUCACUUCUCGGUUGGAAUCUGUUGCCAUAGUUGUGAGAGAUAAUUUAGAUGAUCCACUGGAUGAUACCGCCACUGUGUUUCAGCAGUUGGAGCAGUUGUGCACUGUUAGCAGAUGUGAAUAUGAAAAGACGUGCACUCUUCUUGUACAGUUAUUUGAUCAAAAUGCACAGAAUUACCAAAAGCUUCUGCAUUCAGCUUCUGCAGUAAAUAUGGACAUGACAAUUCAGGAAGGACGUCUUGCCUGGCUGGUAUACUUAGUUGGGACAGUUGUUGGAGGAAGAUUAACAUAUACAAGUACAGAUGAGCAUGAUGCUAUGGAUGGAGAAUUAUCCUGUCGAGUUUUUCAGCUUAUAUCUUUAAUGGAUGCCGGACUGCCUCAGUGUUCUAAUGAGAAAAUAGAGCUUGCAGUUCUCUGGUUCUUGGAUCAGUUUCGUAAAACGUAUGUUGGUGAUCAACUUCAAAGAACCUCAAAGGUAUAUGCCCGUAUGUCAGAAGUCUUAGGAAUAACAGAUGAUAACCAUGUUCUAGAAACAUUCAUGACAAAAAUUGUUACAAACCUUAAAUACUGGGGAAGAUGUGAGCCUGUAAUUUCAAGGACGCUUCAGUUCCUAAAUGACCUAUCUGUUGGCUAUAUCCUUUUAAAAAAACUUGUGAAGAUAGAUGCUGUGAAAUUCAUGCUAAAAAAUCAUACGAGUGAACACUUCCCCUUUCUUGGCAUCAGUGACAGUUACAGUGUCAGUGACUUCAGGUGCCGAACCACCUUCUACACAGCCCUCACUCGUCUUCUGAUGGUAGAUCUAGGUGAAGAUGAGGACGAAUUUGAGAAUUUCAUGCUGCCUCUCACAGUCUCUUUUGAAACAGUAUUACAGAUAUUCAACAACAACUUUAAGCAAGAGGAUGUAAAGCGUAUGUUGAUCGGGCUGGCAAGAGAUCUUCGAGGGAUUGCCUUUGCACUGAACACAAAGACCAGCUACACCAUGCUGUUUGACUGGAUGUACCCAACAUAUCUUCCCAUUCUUCAGAGAGCCAUUGAGCAGUGGUAUGGAGAGCCAGCAUGUACAACUCCCAUCUUAAAGCUUAUGGCAGAACUGAUGCAAAACAGAUCCCAGCGUUUGAAUUUUGAUGUAUCAUCUCCUAAUGGAAUUCUUCUCUUCAGAGAAGCUAGUAAAAUGAUUUGCACUUACGGUAAUCAGAUCCUAUCCCUUGGGAGCCUCUCAAAAGAUCAGAUUUAUCCAAUGAAACUCAAGGGCAUCUCCAUCUGCUAUUCAGCUCUCAAAUCUGCCUUGUGUGGAAAUUAUGUCAGCUUUGGCGUCUUCAAGUUGUAUGGGGACAACCAUUUUGACAAUGUACUCCAGGCCUUUGUCAAAAUGCUGCUGUCAGUGUCCCACAGUGACCUGCUACAAUAUAGGAAACUGAGCCAGUCUUAUUAUCCACUCCUGGAAUGUCUCACCCAGGACCACAUGAGCUUCAUCACCAACUUAGAGCCUCCCGUUCUCCUGUAUGUUCUCACAUCCAUCUCAGAGGGACUCACGACUCUUGAUACAGUUGUCUCCUCCAGCUGCUGUACCAGUUUAGACUACAUCGUGACUUACCUCUUCAAGCACAUAGCAAAAGAGGGCAAGAAGCCACUUCGAUGCAGAGAGGCUACGCAGGCCGGUCAGAGACUGUUACAUUUUAUGCAGCAAAAUCCAGAUGUCCUGCAGCAGACGAUGUCUGUCCUCAUGAACACUAUUGUCUUUGAAGACUGUCGGAACCAGUGGUCAGUAUCCAGGCCUCUCCUGGGGCUCAUCCUGCUCAAUGAGAAGUACUUCAGUGAACUGAGGGCAAGUCUGAUAAGCAGCCAGCCGCUCCCCAAGCAGGAGGUCCUUGCCCAGUGCUUCAGGAGCCUGAUGGAAGGAGUGGAGCAGAAUCUGUCUGUCAAGAACAGAGACAGGUUCACCCAGAACCUUUCCGUCUUCAGAAGAGAUGUGGCAGAGGCCCUGCGCAGCGAUGGCAGCCCUGAGUCCUGUGGCCUGGACAUGAUGAGCUGACCUGACUUCUGACCAUGUGCCGAGCAGCCUUUAUCAAGAGACUUUUGUGGGUCUGGGUCCCAGGACAGUGAUAUUGGCUAGGGGAAUCUAUUUUUCAAGACAAACAAACAAACAACAACAAAAGCCCUACAUUUUUGUAAGUUUAGCCUAGUUGAAAGAAUUUAUAAUAGUGCACAAAAAUUAUAAAUUCAGUCUUCACACUGAAAAAGCGAAAUAUGUGUUUUCAGUCUUUCUAUGAAACAUCAUUAUCUUUGUUCUUAUAAUGCUCUGAAAGGAUGUAGAAACAGUAUUUAACCAAAGAACAUAAUAAACCAGGUUUGCACCUAA